AUGGAAGAUCAAGUAAAUCAUCUCGUGCAACAAACAUGGGCUAAGUAUCAAGCCCUAAGUCCAAAUGAAAGAUUUCUGAUAGCAAUCUCUGGCAUUCCUGGAUCCGGCAAAACAACCCUCGCAACAACUGUAACCACCCGUCUCAAUGCCUUAUCCUCCUCUUCCACUUCCUCUCCAGUCCCAAUAGCGACCUACAUCCCCAUGGACGGCUACCACUACCCUCUUUCCUACCUGCAUUCCCUUCCCGACCCAGCCCACGCGCUCGCCCGCCGAGGCGCCCCCUUCACCUUCGACUCAAGCGCCUACCUUUCCCUCAUUCAAUCCCUCCGUCCCCCUCUCACAGACUCAACACCCACCAUCUCCGCCCCCUCCUUCUCACACACCACCAAAGACCCCAUAGCAAACGCGAUACCUGUCCCAGCUACGAGUAGGAUAUUGAUUUUCGAGGGCAACUAUCUGAGUUUGGACAAGGGGCCUUGGAGAGAAGCAGCGGAGCUGAUGGAUGAGCAUUGGUUUGUAGAGGUUGAGGAAGAGGUUGCGGGAAGGAGACUGGUAAAGAGACAUGUUAAGAGUGGAGUUGCCGAGAAUGAAGAAAGGGCCUGGAAGAGGGCAAGGGAGAAUGAUUUGCCGAAUGGAAGGGAGAUUGUGGAGGGGAGGAGGAAAGAAAUUGAUGAGAUUGUUGUUAGUAAAGAGGAUGAGAGUUGGAGGGCCGUUGGAGAGGAGUGA